GCCAGGCUCGCCCGUCCGUCUCUCCUGGCCUCGUCCCAGAACUCCCUCGCAGGCUCAAACCCGACUUCCGCCGAAUCAAUCAUGAAGACCGUCGCUGCUGUGCUCUGCGCCCUUUCUGUGGCCUCCUUCGCGAACGCCGCAUGUGUUGGCGGCUCCACCCAGGCUUGCAAUGGAUAUUGCUACAACAUUUGCAACUGGCAGGGCGCCACCUCUCCUCCAUACGUGGUGGCUAACUGCAACGCUUGCAUCAGCAACAACUGUGGUACUUGCGGUGGUUCUCCUCCUCCUCCCGCCACCUCCGCGGCUCCGGCCCCGUCUCCAGUCUCCCCUCCUCCUGCCCAGUGUGUUGGUGGCUCGGCCCAGGCUUGCAAUGGAUAUUGCUACAACAUUUGCAACUGGCAGGGCGCCACAUCCCCUCCCUCUGUCGUUGCCAACUGCAAUGCUUGUAUCAGCAACAACUGCAACGGUUGCAGCGGAUCCCCUCCUCCUCCUGCCACCUCCGCGGCUCCGGCCCCGUCUCCAGUCUCCCCUCCUCCUGCCCAGUGUGUUGGUGGCUCGGCCCAGUCCUGCCGUGGCUACUGCUACAACAUUUGCAAUUGGCAGGGCGCCAUGUCUCCUCCCUCUGUCGUUGCCAACUGCAACACUUGCAUCAGCAACAACUGCAACGGUUGCUGAGCGCAGCGCCUCUUGCGAUAGCUUCGCAAUUCUAUGAAACCAUUUGAAAUACUACCAUGAAUAAAGAAUCCCGUACUUGGAAC